AUGGCUAUGGUCAAUGAUGCUCUGCCUGCGAUCAGGGACACUCUCGACAAGUAUGACCUAUGUGAUAUUUACAAUAUGGACGAAACAGGGCUCUUUCACCGCAUGCAGGCGGAUAAUUCACUUGCGACCAAGCAGUUGGAAGGUCGCAAGCAAACAAGGAGCGGAUUACAUUAA